AUGGCGUCUCGGGUCAACGACUUAUUACUGCCCGUCAUACAGUCUAUACCGUUACAUCAAAUAACCAAGAAUGCACUGGUAACUACGCUAACCGACACACAAAGUGAUUACAAGUUUAAAGAAAUAGCAGUGCCGCUGACCAAAUUACUACAAGUGCACGAGAAGGCACAGAGAAGACAAGACCUAAGAACCGCUUUGAAAGCGCUGGAGAGCAUCAUUUACCAGACGCACUUUAAAUGGAACAAUCCACGCCCAAGACAUGCGCUUCUUUUUCAGAAACACUACCACUUCCUACUGACUCACUGGCCCUUUGAAAACCACAGACUUUUGGUAGAUUCCAUCGCUGCACAUAAAGGAAAACUGAAUUCUAUACCCUCAAAGACAACCUGGCUGAAGGCAGAUUGGGCAACUCUGUUUCAAGUGAAAAAUCCUUGGGUCCAAACACCGCCCACACCAAAAAACCUCAGUGAGACAGAUCUUGAUGCCUUCACGCCAGAAAGGGCAUUUCUUGUCAAUUCCCUUGGGAACCAGUACAAGUUCUUGAUAGCGAACAGUCAUCUAAGCUAUAAUCACAAGAAAUACCCCUCCCCCGGCGUGCAAAUUCCCAUCAGGAAUGCCCUUGGCGAAGUUUCUCCGCCUAAACAAAUCUCCCGGCUCUUCUCAAGACAACUGGCCUACAUUUACACGAGUCUAUUUGAGGAAAAUCCCCCACUCUCUCCUGCAAACGACAUAGCAUUAAUGGCUAUUUUCAACGAUAAAACAAUGGACCGGCGCUUUAAAAGGCUUUAUAUGCGCGCUUGUGCAAGGGCGUAUACGAUCACCAAUGCAGAUUCUACCAUAGAACCUUUGACAUUUCGUUGCACCCAGUGGGACCAUUAA